AUGAACUUGUUGUGGGCUAUCCUAGCAGGCCACAGCAGCAAGGGGAUGGAGCUAGCGGGGCAGCACAAUGAAUCAGCUCGGGAACCUCCAUCAAGACAGCUCAUGAGCAGAUACGGGCAGCAAGUUGCAGCCAAGGAGCACGGAGAGGCCCAGGGAAGUCUGAGCACCAUUGACAAGAAAAUUGUGAUGUCAGACCGCAAGAUGAAGGUUUACUCGGCGGCAGGUACAAGGGUCAGUGAUGAUGAAGGUUGGUCUCUCUUCUUUGCGGAGGACGACCUGCAUCCUGGGAAGACGAUGAGUAUGCGCUUCAUCAAGAGCACAAACCCCGUGAGCUUUUUGCCGCAAAAGGAGGCCGCAUUCAUGCCAUUCUCAUCGAGGAGGUUGUCUGAAAUCUUCCGCCUGUAUUCAGGGAAGUCCGGGUCAGCAGAAGCUCAGAAGAUCAGUUAUACCAUUGAGAGAUGCCUGGGACCCAGCCUCGUCAGCACAGAGGAUACAAGCUGUGUGAUGUCACUCGAGUCCAUGGUUGACUUCGCCACGACUAGGCUCGGGAAUAACCUCCAGGUCUUCAACACGGAAGUGAAGGAGCAGGCCGUGGGGAAGCAGGACUAUACCAUCCAGUCUAGAAUCAAGAAGGUAGAGGGCGACAGGUUGGCUGUGUGCCACAAGCUUCACUAUCCCUACGCGGUCUUUACGUGCCACUCGUUCAAGAGCACGGACUCUUACCCCAUCGUGGUUCCUGUCAAGGGUCCGGAUGGGACGACAACCGAGGCAAUAGCAGUCUGCCACGAAAAUACCUCAGAGCAAAACCCAGAACCUCUCAAGAUGUUGAACAUUAAACCUGGGAUUGUCCCCUUGUGCCAUUUUCUGGCUCGGGACUCCAUUGUGUACGCCCCCAGAGCCUAA